AUGAAUAAAAAAAUAACUAAAAAAAAUACAUUAAAAGAUACAAUUAGUAAAAAAAAAAAGUGUAAAAAUAGUGGUGAUAAUAAUCAAGUACAAAGACAAAUUAACAAUGAAUAUAUAUUAAAUGAACUUUAUACGUGUAUUGAAAAAACUGAUGAAGAUUUAGAUAAAACUUCAACUAAUGAUUCAAAUAAAAAUUCAAAUAUUUUUAAAAAUAAAGUAUUAUCAAAAAAAAAUAGUAUUAAAAAUGAUAUAGAUAAAAAAACAAAAAGUGAACAUAAGAAUAAUUUAGUUAAUGAUAGUUGUAUUGAUAAUAUGGCAAAAACAUCUGAACAUAUGAUUGAAAUAGAGACAGUAAAUGAUGUCUCAAAAGACCAGACAAUUGGUAAUAAAAGUAUACAUAAAAAUUCUUUAAGAAGAAGACAAAAAACAUAUCCAACAUUAGAAGAUGUAUUAAGUAGUGAAAGAAACACAAAUGUUAUAACUACAGAAUCUUUAAAAAAUCAUAAAAAAAAAUUAGAAAAAAAUGAAAAUUGUAAAAAUGAAAAUAAUAAAAAUUUCAUUGAUGAAAAUAUUCAUACAAAGGAGGUUGAUUAUACAAUGAUGGAUGAAUGUACAAAUAAAAAAAGUACUGUUGGUUAUAAAACUUCGAGUAUUAGUCAAAUGACAGAUGAACAUAAAAUUGAAAAAACUAUAUAUUAA